AUGGCAUCGUCCAUGGAUAUCCAAAUCCUUGAAAGUGAUUCAGAUAUGGAAGAUUCAAUGGAAUUAAUAGCUCUAAUAACAUUCCCUAUCAAGAAUGAAAUUUUAUUAUCAAAAUGGAUAAAGGCAAUGAAUAAGGAAAAUUUCACUCCUAAUAAGUUUUCAAAGCUUUGUGGAGCCCAUUUCAAACCUGAAUGUUUUAUGCCCUCACAUUCAGGGAAUGCUAUUCUAAAGGAAGGAUCUGUACCAUCCAUUUUUAUUUCCAGACCCCUUCAGGAUAUAACAAAUAUUCCAUCGAAUACAAAUAAUACUCCUACAUAUUUUAACUAUAUAGAAAAAAAUGAUCAUACUUAUGCUACUAAUAUUUACUCUUUAGCUAAAAAGAAAAAAUUAGAAAUAUCAAUUAAUACUCUAGAAGUGGAAGGGUUGGAAGAGCCUGUUAGAGAUAAUAGCCCAAAAACAUCUACCAGCUAUCAUAAUACUCUUGAGUGUGGGUGUUUAGAUGAAUCAGUUAGAGAAAUAAACCAUGUAAGUCUAUAUUAA